UAAGAUAUCUACAUAUAUCUACAACACACAAGGGUUGGUGUUUGUGCACACCCCAAACAUACCCCAGGGAAACUCGUUGCAUCCGCCGCGUGAGCUUGAGCUCAUCAGCAUGCCGUGCCAUGGUCCACAUCAACACAAACAAAAAUAAGUAGAAAGGGUGGUAUCAGAUUUAAAACAAGGGGAGGGGAGGGGGGCAUACAGCAUCACAUACACGGUUCUACCUAACACCCCCAUCGCCUGCACUCUACCCAUUGGCCAAUAAAGGCACGGCACGAUGCGAUGUGUCGAUCGCGUUUGGGCAUGUUGCCGUGUGUCGGGUCUCCCGUGUCUGGGCAUUUUCGCGCGAUGUGUCGGUCGCGUAUCGUCGUUUGGUUGGUUACAUGUCGCGUCGCAUUUGGGUGUGUUGCCGUUGCGUCUCUUGUGUCACGUCUCUCGUGUCUAUGCGUCGGUCGCGUACAGUCGAUGUCAGUUGUUUGGUUGGUUGCAUGUCGCGUCGCGUUUGGGCACGUUGCCGUCGCGUCUCUUGUGUCGCUCUCUGGUGUCUGGGCAUUUUCGCGUCCAUACGCGGCAAGCACGUCGUGUGAAUGCCGCGUCAACGAGGCUGAGGGGAGUAUCGACGAGGGAGGCUGGGCGGGAAUGGGGGUCAGGACCAAGAAGAUUUCAAAAGCUGUUUGGCAACUGUUGCAAUGCUUUGGCUUAUUUGGACAUCACCACGUCAAUCACGGUGACGGCUGACGUGACACUGACAGGGAAGUUCCGGAAGGUCUAA